AUGACCUCGGACACAGGGCCUACUGUUGCUUCUCACCGCAUCAGUGGCCAUAUAGGCGGCCGCAAGCAGUCCGGUCCCUACCCACACAUCGAUGACCUCCUACAAGUAACUCCCGAGGGCAACACCUCGCAACCCAUUGGUCACCUCCUCGGCAUCGCAGAGAAUGGCGUCAAGUUUGCUCAGUUCAAUGCGGGCGUUGGAAAGAUAGACGUGGCCCUUAGAGAAUACAUCAAGGCCUACGUGGUUGCGGUACAGAUCAUUCCUACCCACAGAGACUACACGUCGCUUCAGACCGACCGAAAAAACCUCGGCGACCGCUACAGUCGCCUCACAAAGACCCUCUCCGAAUACACAGCUGCGUACGAGAACAUCAAGCAGACUAUAAAGGACGACAAUGCGAGAACGGGGGUACAAAGGGCUACGCGGACGACAUCUGCCCCCAACGGUAGACCGCAGACACCAAAGUCCCAGCCCAGCGCGCCAACAGUGCCUGCCUCACCAAGUAGACAGACUGCUUCGCCUGGAAAAAUGAAGCCCGCAGUGCAGCCGAAACCGGCCAAUCUACACGGGAAGGCCAUCAAAAAGCCAACCACAGCUGGGAAAGGCGAGGACCUGGCUCAGAGAUUUGCCAACUUGCGAGGCCCUGUGCAAGACCCGCGCAUACGAACACAGCCGCCUCCAGUCCCAAUCCCUGCCGACAAGCCCGCCGGGCCAAGGGAGAUGCCCAAAAAGCCUCCCAUAUCACUUGAGGGCGUGAUUCCAGUUCUGCCAAAGCUUCCGGAUGCGAUAUAUAGCCCUGCUCGGGGCAGUAUCUCCAAUGAAGCUGCCGAGCUGCCAUCAAGCACCCCACGGGGCAUGUACAGCAGGACGAACACAUCGGUUUACUCCGCAGCCAAAUCACCCCCGACUCAGGACUACUUUGGAAGUAAUGGCUCAACAGGUCCGACGUCAGCACCGACGCCUGAGAAGAAGCGGAUUCCGCUUCCUGAAGGCGACAUUAUUACCGUUGAAGAGCUGGUGAAAUAUCAACGAAUCGGGUCUAAGGAUUUCCGGAUCCUGGUCAUCGACGUUCGCUCUCGUCCUGAAUUCGAAGAGGGGCACAUUCUCUCGUCGGCCACCAUCUGUAUCGAACCGGACAUCUUGCAGAGAGAUCGGAUAGAGGCGGCUGAUGUCGAGGAUGCCAUGGAACUCGGGCCGCCUAUGGAGAAAUGGCAUUUCGAGAGACGUUACGAAUUUAACAUGAUUGUGUUUUAUGAUAAUGACUCGGAGCAUCUCAGUUCAGGGAGCACCAACGCGCCGGCUACCCUUUUCAGGUUGUUGACAGACUUCGAUUAUCCGGAUGGUGAUCCAGGGUCCAAACACCCAAAGCUAUUAAAGGGGGGGUUGGAGGCGUGGCAGGAUGCCAUGGGCGGCAGUGCCCUUCAGAAAUCGUCCAAAACUGCUGGCCAUAAAAGACGGCAAUCUCAUUACGACUGGCUCAAAGUCAGGUCUCCUUCAAAGCCCAUUCAAAGCAUUGAGGAGGCUCGACGAUGGGAAGAGAAAUUAACGCAGCUGAAGAGCGAUGAGACAGACGACGGGAGUGGGGAUGAGUUCCAUCCUGUGAGGUCACUCAGCGACUUCAUGACCCGGUUCCCGCCUGUACAAGAAUCCAUGACAUCACCCCCUGCAUUAUCACCAACUACAGACAACAACCUCACUGGCCGAUUCUCGCCUGUGCCCGUACGUGCAUCGCCUCCUCAGAGAAGCCCCCAACGAGCACACUUCGAUCCUAUACUCCCCUCCGAGCCGACCCGACCGCCGCCCGCCGUGCCGCGCCGGAGCUAUACCGGGCUCCGCACAGCAGAUGAUGACCACGGCACGCCGACUAAGCUCACCAAGAGGCUAGACGCGGCAAACAGGAGGCGAGCCGUGGGAUUGCAGAACCCAGGAGCCUGGUGCUACGCCAACAGCACCUUACAGGCUCUAUUCUCAUCUGGUGCCUUUGGGGAGGAACUCAUGAGUGGAGCGUGGGCUCAGCUGUACAAGGCUCCCAUGAAGAGCGACGAGAACAUCGUGCCUCCGCAGCUGUUGACGAAGAUCCUGGCGAACCUGUUCCACUGGAUGGGCAAUGGCAAAUUCCCGUCCAUGCAGGCCAAGACUCUGAUGGAAUACUUGCGACAAAAGUCCUCCAGAAAUUCUCAGGGGAAGAGAGUUCACGAGAGUCAGAUUCUGGGCACCCAUAGGCAACAGGACGCUAUGGAAUUCUUUGGCUACGUGUUUACGGAACUUGACGACGAGACGAACAGAUUCCGUGAUCGCCCAUCAGAAGUACCCCAACCUACGCCGUCCAAAACCAAAUCUCUCACUGACCUAGCCAUUCAAUACUGGGACCUUCACAGCCGAGUCAGCGAUUCGAUUAUAGACAAAUACUGGCGCAUCACAGAAGUUGUCAUCGUUCGAUGUGACCAUUGUGGCCAUGUGGUCACGAAGUACUCGAACAAAGACAUGCAAUUUCUCAGUCUGCCCCAGAGCUCUGAGCCAGUGAUGAUUGAGGACUUGCUGCAAAGAGACUACUCAAACGAGCACCUCGACGAUUACACAUGCGACAACUGCUCGAGCAAAGGCCAUUGCUGGAAAGGCACUAAGCUCGCCCGCCUCCCGGACUUCCUCUGCGUGUGCUUCACGCGGUUCGAGAAGAACGACGAGAGCGCGCGGUUCUCCAAGAUCACCACGACGGUGGACUUCCCCAUCCGCGAGCUGGACCUGACGCCGUACACGGUGCAGGGCCAGCAGGCGUACUCGUCGCUGCUGACCAACGGGCACGCCGGCACGUCGGCCGUGACGUCGCCGACGUCGACGAUCCCGACCGACGACCACCACUUCAACAAGCCGUUCCGCUACGAGGCCUACGCCGUGGUGCAGCACGGCGGCGAGCUCAACAGCGGCCACUACGUCGCGGCGAUCCGCGACGAGCCGCACGGCCCCGACGGCACGAGCAAGUGGCACGUCGCCGACGACGCGCGCAUCAGCGAGCUCGCCGUCGGGCCCUCGAGGUCCGACAAGGGCAGCCAGUUCCUCCACCGGCAGAGCCAGCACUGGGGCGGCGGCAUGCAGGCGUUCAUGGUGUUUUACCAGCGCAAGGACGCCGAGUUGGUAUAG